CAAUGAAAACCAGACACUGAAGAUAAAGUAUAUUAAAUCGAGAGAAGAAGUUGGACCUGUAAGAGAAGGAAUUGUUGGUAAAGGAUUGAUUUUGCAGAACAAAACCAUGAGCUCUCAAUUGGUGCAUGUCUCCACACUUUCUCAAAUCCCGCCAAUUUCGUCGAGACAUCGUCACUUUCUCUCCCAGAGAAAUUAUAUUCCGGCUAAUGUCUACGAGCAUCCAGCGGCUCUUCUUCUUGAGAGAUGUUCUUCUCUGAAAGAGCUUCGUCACAUUCUGCCUCUUAUCUUCAAGAAUGGUCUGUAUCAGGAGCAUCUUUUUCAGACGAAGCUUGUCAGCUCGUUUUGUCGCUAUGGCAGUGUCGACGAGGCUGCUCGUGUUUUUGAACCAAUUGACGAUAAACUCAAUGUUCUUUAUCACACCAUGCUUAAAGGGCUCGCUAAAGUUUCGGACUUGGAUAAAGCUUUGAAAUUUUUUGUUCGAAUGAGGUAUGAUGAUGUAGAGCCUGUUGUGUAUAACUUCACUUAUCUCCUGAAAGUUUGCGGAGACGAAGCAGAGCUUAGGGUGGGAAAGGAAAUUCAUGGGUUGUUGGUGAAGAGUGGGUUCUCGUUGGAUUUGUUUGCCAUGACUGGACUUGAGAAUAUGUAUGCCAAGUGUAGGCAGGUACAUGAGGCCCGCAAGGUGUUUGAUAGAAUGCCUGAGAGAGAUUUGGUUUCGUGGAAUACAAUUGUGGCUGGGUAUUCACAGAAUGGGAUGGCGAGGAUGGCUUUGGAAAUGGUUAAUCUAAUGUGUGAGGAGAAUCUGAAGCCUAGUUUUAUCACCAUUGUCUCUGUUUUGCCUGCUGUCUCUGCUUUGAGGUCGAUUAGUAUUGGCAAGGAGAUUCAUGGGUAUGCUAUGCGGGCUGGAUUUGAUUCUCUUGUCAAUAUUGCCACUGCUUUGGUUGAUAUGUAUGCGAAAUGUGGAUCUCUGAAAACUGCUCGACUGCUCUUUGAUGGGAUGUUAGAAAAGAAUGUUGUUUCAUGGAAUUCAAUGAUUGAUGCGUAUGUGCAGAAUGAGAAUCCUAAAGAGGCAAUGGUAAUUUUUCAGAAGAUGUUGGACGAAGGAGUGAAACCCACUGAUGUAUCUGUCAUGGGUGCUUUGCAUGCUUGUGCUGACCUAGGGGACCUUGAGAGAGGAAGAUUCAUCCAUAAGUUAUCGGUUGAGUUGGAACUUGAUAGAAAUGUUUCUGUAGUGAACUCUUUGAUAUCCAUGUAUUGCAAGUGCAAGGAAGUUGAUACUGCUGCUUCUAUGUUUGGGAAAUUGCAGAGCAGAACCAUUGUCUCUUGGAAUGCAAUGAUAUUAGGAUUUGCACAGAAUGGACGUCCGAUCGAAGCUUUGAAUUACUUCAGCCAGAUGCAGGCUCGGACAGUGAAACCAGACACGUUUACUUACGUUAGUGUGAUAACUGCUAUCGCAGAGCUGUCAAUUACACAUCAUGCGAAGUGGAUUCAUGGGGUGGUUAUGCGAAAUUGUCUGGAUAAGAAUGUGUUUGUCACAACGGCUCUAGUCGACAUGUAUGCGAAAUGUGGUGCUAUCAUGAUUGCAAGAUUGAUUUUUGAUAUGAUGAGCGAGCGUCAUGUGACAACCUGGAAUGCUAUGAUUGAUGGAUACGGGACGCAUGGAAUUGGGAAAGCUGCUCUGGAGUUGUUUGAAGAAAUGCAAAAAGGCACCAUCAGACCAAAUGGUGUCACAUUUCUUUCUGUAAUCUCUGCUUGCAGCCACUCGGGUUUGGUGGAGGCAGGACUCAAGUGCUUCCAUAUGAUGAAGGAAAACUACAGCAUAGAACCAUCGAUGGACCACUAUGGAGCAAUGGUCGAUCUUCUAGGUCGGGCUGGGCGGUUGAAUGAAGCAUGGGACUUUAUUAUGCAGAUGCCCGUUAAGCCGGCUGUAAAUGUAUAUGGUGCCAUGUUAGGUGCUUGCCAGAUUCAUAAAAAAGUGAAUUUCGCUGAGAAAGUAGCAGAGAGAUUGUUUGAGUUGAACCCGGAAGAUGGUGGGUAUCAUGUGCUUCUUGCAAACAUUUAUCGUGCAGCUUCAAUGUGGGAAAAAGUGGGACAAGUUAGAGUUUCAAUGUUGAGACAGGGUCUGCGCAAAACUCCUGGCUGCAGUAUGGUGGAGAUAAAGAACGAAGUUCAUAGCUUCUUCUCUGGAAGCACAGCCCAUCCCAGUUCUAAGAAGAUUUAUGCUUUUCUUGAGAAGCUGAUAUGCCAAAUCAAAGAAGCUGGUUAUGUUCCUGACACAAAUUUAAUCCUCGGCCUAGAAGAUGAUGUUAAAGAGCAGUUACUGAGUAGCCACAGUGAGAAGCUGGCAAUAUCUUUUGGACUCUUGAAUACAACUGCGGGUACAACUAUUCAUGUAAGAAAGAACCUGCGGGUUUGUGCUGACUGUCACAAUGCUACAAAGUACAUUUCCCUUGUGACCGGACGGGAAAUUAUAGUACGAGACAUGCAACGGUUUCACCAUUUCAAGAACGGUGCCUGUUCGUGCGGAGAUUACUGGUGAGAUGACCCCCCACCCAAAACAUUGAUGACAUGUAUUUAUCCGGGAGAGAAAACUAAUCUGAGGGAAAACAAGACCUAGUCUGAAGUAGAGGCCUUCGUAGAGGUUUAAGCUGAUCACUAAUGAUGAUAUGAGAGGAAAGUCUCGUUUGGAAGCGUCCAGUGUGGUUUUAACUUGUUGAAAUUUUGUUUUGUGGUAAAUCUCUCAGCUGGAAACAGGAGAACCAAGAUAUGACAGACCAAACAUAGCACAAGUAGUGACCAGUCCACUACAGAUUCAAGAUCAAGAGAGUGCUGUCUCAGUCUCAGAGUCUGUGAAUCAUGUAACACAAACUGAGAUAUAUGGGCGAUAAAGUUUCCAUACUGAA